ACUGUCGGCUGUCGUUCGUCAAGUGUCAUAAGUCAUUCUGAUUUUUUUGUUUUUUUUGUUGUGAAUAUAGUGCCGAAUUACUGAUGUAAAAAUUAUACAUCCUGACCAAAUAAUUUCACUGCCAAUCAAGUACUUUUCCUUCGUUAUUAUCGUUUUAAACGUGGAAAUAAUUUAAAGAUUGCUAAACUCUUCUGAUAAUUGGAAAAAUGGUGGCUCUUGACGCAGACACCGACUGCGACAAUAUUGGUCUAGGAUGUGCUCUGGAGCACUUCUCCGAGGUGGAAGAGGUGUUGAACAUGAUAGACAAUGUGAAAAAUAUAUACAACACACCAACUUUCGAAGUGGAGUACGAGAAACUUUACACAAUAUUAAAACAGUACUAUGAACAGCCCCAUUUGUUAGAUCCUCAUUUAGAAAAAAUGUUGGCUAAAGUCAUGAGUAUAAUCAAUGAUAAAAGUACACCGUUCGAGUUGAAGCACGCCACUUUUAACUAUAUGUAUCAAAUUAUAAGAGUCAGAGGCUACAAAGUGGUAGUUCGUCAUUUGCCACAUGAGGUUACAGACCUUUUAACUGUUCUUACAUAUCUUGAGGCCCAGGAUCCAAAUAACAAGGAAACAUGGAGGAGCAGAUUUGUUCUACUUCUGUGGUUAUCUAUAGUCGUUAUCAUUCCUUUCCACAUGAGCCGACUUGAUGGAUUUGCUCCUGAUCAACCAGGUGCUGGUACAUCCAAGAAAUUAACAGUAAUGGAGAGAAUAUUUAAUAUUUGCAAGACAUAUGCACUGAGCAAGGAAAGUUGUGCAGAAGCUAGUGCAUAUUUAGCCUCUAAAUUUUUGAUAAGGUCUGACGUCAAAGAAUUAUAUAUGAGUUCAUUCUUUGACUGGGCGUGUGAUUUACAUUCCAAUUUACAAGAGGAAGGUACAAUACACUACGGCGUAUUAGCAGCAGUUGCUGCGGUGCUCAAACACGGAAAAAGAGAUGACCUAUUGCAGUAUACACCUAAAUUACUUGAGUGGGUCACAAAGCAGAACUAUCAACAACAUAAGGCGAUGUUGGUCCGGAAAUAUGGCGUCAAGAUUGUGCAGAGGAUUGGUUUAACAUUCCUUCGCCCCCGCGUGGCAUCAUGGCGAUACACGCGCGGUUCUCGGUCAUUGUCUGUGACGUUAGGGGGCGGCACCGCUGCUGCGGCGGGGGACACUGAACCCCUAACGUCACCGCCUGACGAUGACGACCAGGACAUUCCACAAGAGGUUGAAGAUGUAGUGGAACUGCUACUUUGUUCUCUCCGCGAUGACGACACAGUGGUGCGCUGGUCAGCGGCUAAAGGCGUUGGCCGAAUCGGCGCUAGGUUGCCAGCGUUGGCUGCGGCAGAUGUGUGCGAGAGCGUGCUCGUGUUGUUUGCCGAGAACGAGCGUGACACGGCCUGGCAUGGGGGAUGUAUGGCACUUGCUGAGCUGGGUCGCCGCGGUCUAAUCUCGCCUCGCCAGCUAAGCUCGGCGGUGCGGUGCGCGGUCGCAGCGCUCGCGCGGGACGAGCCACGUGCGGCGGGCGGGGGCGGCGGGGGACUCGCCGCGCGCGACUCCGCGUGCCACGCCGCGUGGGCCAUCGCGCGAGCCUACGACGCGGCUGCGAUUGCGCCGCACGCAGACCUGCUCGCCAACGCGCUCAUAGCUACCGCUUGCUUUGAUCGGGAGAUAAACUGUCGACGCGCGGCAUCCGCUGCGUACCAAGAAAACGUCGGCCGCCACGGGUUGUUCCCUCACGGCAUCGAUGUGCUGACCGCGGCGGAUUUCCAAUCGGUCGGGCCUAGGAAAAACGCGUACCUCGUAGUCGCGCCCUACGUGGCCUCCUUCCCGGAGUACACCAGGCCGUUGCUGGAUCACCUGGUGGAACUGAAAUUGGAACACUGGGAUUGCGCCAUAAGAGAAGUGGCAGCUAAGGCCAUAAGCAAACUUACAGAUAAGAUACCGGAAUACGUAGCAACGGAAGUUCUGCCUAAAUUAGUAAAGAAGACUGAAUCAAUUGAUCUUAAUAUACGACAUGGAGCUAUCCUCGGCAUAGGGGAGGCGAUUUACGCGCUGUCGCAAGCUGAAUUACCCGAUGGUCGUAAAGGUGACACGUUGAUAGACGAAGAACUAUGGUCUCGCGUACGAGGUCUCGUAGGCGAGUUGCGUUCUCGACAAUUGUUGCGUGGACUUGGCGGUGAGCUUAUGCGCCAAGCCGCUUGCCAUUGUCUCGCUAAACUAUCCCUCGCCAGGACGCCUGUACACAAGGAAGACACUGUUGACGAAUGGCUGAAUCUGAUCGAGGAGUGUCUCUCGCACGAAGUUCAAGCAAUACGUGAGAGAGCUAUCGAAGCUCUGCCACAUGUAUUCGAGCAAUAUCUGAAGGACGACAAUUUGCACUACGGCAAUGUAACGGCUAAGCAGAAGCGGAUGCAGCUUGUUGAGAAAUACUGCAAUCAGCUGAGUAAUACUGGGGUCAAUGGACAGUUUCUAAGGAUGGGGUAUGCUCGUGCUCUCGGAGCUUUACCAAAAUUCGUACUAACGGAACAAAUGCAACUCGUCAUACAAUCCCUGAUUGAUUGCACCAAAGUGACUGAAGGAACACAAACGUGGGCCGAAGCUAGACGCGACGCGGUGGUUGGCCUUACAGAGGUUUGCCAAACAUUGGGCCUUGGCUGUGGUUUGGAACGUCAUGUUUGCGAAAUGAGGACGGCUUUGUUGGAAUGCUUAUCUGAGUACACUGUUGACAUGCGUGGCGACAUCGGCGCUUGGGUCAGAGAAGCUAGCAUGACAGGUCUACUGUCGCUGUGCCGACAGUGCGCAUCAGAAGCACCGCAGCUGAACGAUACGGCGGCAGUGCAGGCCGUGGCGAGUGGGGUCGCUCAACAGACCGUGGAGAAGAUCGAUCGCACGCGCGCCCACGCCGGACGGAUAUUCACUGCGCUGAUAUACAAUGAUCCACCAAUAUCAAACAUUCCACACCAUGAAGCAUUGAAGCGCAUAUUCCCUUGCGAAGAGGUGGAAUUCCGGAAGACUGACGAACCAGAGACCGCUAGCGAAAGCUCCGCAGUAGUGCUUUGGCUGUUUCCCGGACACACCAUGCCGAGAUUCGUGCAGCUACUGGCUUUUCCAACAUACCGAUACCACGUUAUCAAAGGACUGGUUGUUAGUGCAGGGGAGCUCACUGAGAGUUUGGUAAAACACACAACGCAAUCUCUGUUCUCAUACCUGAACACUUUGCAUGACGACAAGGAGAUGAUGAAGAGCAUAUGCGAGACGGUCACACAGGUGUUCGCCGACAACUUGCACGUCAAGAGGAUCACUGGACCAAUGUUCAACUUUCUGGACAGGCUUCUCAGUUCAGGUUCAAUAUCUCCGAUAUUAGAAGACCCAGAAUCAACAUUCGCCCGGGAUAUAUUAAAAUAUUUGCGACUGGAACUCCGAGGCGGCAAAAAUAUCUAUAAACUCUUGGACGCAAUUAAUGUUUUGUGCCAAUUAAUCCAGGUGGGCGGAGCCGUGAUGUCGUGUGCGCUGGGACAGCUGAUGAUCUACGUUUGCUACGCGGACCGCUACGUGCGACGUUGUGCGGCCGCGCGCCUCUACGAAGCGCUCACCCUCUACGGGGACCAGUGUGCGUUGGAACAGGAAGCUCUCGAUCAGGUGAUGACAAUCCUCGCCGAAACUGAUUGGGAAAAAGACAUUAACGAAUUAAGGCCGAUCAGGAAUGAGAUGUGCGAUCUAAUGGGCAUAAAACGACCCGUCAUGAAAAGCAACAGCAAGCAAAUUCAAGCUUAAUAAUAUUAUCUGUGAUUUUAAACUUAACAUUGGUUAUAUGCGCUUCACUGAUAGAUCUCACUAGCGACGUGUCGUGCGACUAAGGGCCAUCGCUCAUUAACGACUCAACACCUUUUCGACACCAGUUCAACUCCAACUUACGAUUAACCGCCAUAGAAUCAUCCCUAGACCAAUCAUUCCCAAAGUAGUCCAGGUGUCCACGGGAGACUCUUCGUCUUAUAACAACUUACUUUAUUAAGUCUGAAACACGACUUUCCAUGCUCCGAUUUGAGUUGACUUGUUGUCGAGUCGAUGACUAUUCGAUAAGGUAUGCUGGUAUGCGAAGGCCUUAGAUGAAGUAACCAAUAGAACGACUUUGUGCCGAUUGGAUAAAAAGUUAGAUAACUAACGACGUAUAGUAUUGGAAACGUGUUGCAGCUCGAAUAGGGAUUACCACGGUAGUCGAUAGAAUAUAAAAAGGAAGGUUAGGAGGUUCAUAUUUUAUCGCCAAUAGCAGGGCUUACCAACCUAAGUGCCGUAGAAAGUUCAAAGUUGCACCGCAAGGCUCCCCUACUUGUGUGUCUACUGUACUUCAAAAAAAAAUCAAGUAAAAUAUUUUUUUGAUAAAUUUUAUGCAACGGUGUCACGGGACCCAAACUUUAUAAAAUUGUGUGGAGAUUACCAAUCUCAGCCAUCUCAUUGUUCAAGUAGUUUUAUUUUACUUAAUUCUUUAUUAAAAAAUAUUAUUUAUCCUCGUUUCGUUAGUUUCACAAUGAGGAUGUUUUAUUUUUUGCGCCUAUCUGCCUGACUAAGAAGUACCUAUUUAUUUUAACUAGCUGGGUUAAGGCGCGGUCGCCGUGUCAAAUUUCUUAACUGGCAAGGUUGGUAACCCCUGGACUAUAGCGUAACACGCAGUCGUAUAAAACUGCAUUGACCCUUAUAGACACCACGGGUACUAGAAGAAGAGCAAAACAAACUAAGAACUUGUAACCGUGCAAUGGCGGCCUUAUUGCUGUAAGGGUUCUACGGGCACAACAUUAUUUUGGAGGCGAGUUCCGACACAACAAAUAGUCGAAGGUGUUAAUCUUCGCUUAUAUUCAAGCGUGAAUAUAAGUCGUGCUUGACGAUAUAGUUUGUGACUAUUUGCCUGACUAACAAAUACCUAUCUAUUUUAACUAGCUGGGUUAAGUCGCGGGCGCCGUGACAAAUUUCUUAACUUGUAAGUGCGCCGCUGGCAAGGUUGGUAACCCCUGGACUAUAGCGUAACAGGCAGUCGAAUAAAACUGCAAUGUCCAUUUUAAAAUGAUCAACACUACUUGCCUGAGGUGUCUAUACCCUUAUAGACACAACGGGUAGAUAGGAAUAGAAGAGCAAAGCAAAUAAUAACUCAGAAAUUGUAACCAUGCAAUGGCGGCCUUAUUGCUGUUAGGGUUCUACGGGCACAACAUUAUUUUAGAGGCGAGUUCCGACACAACAAAUAGUCGCAAGUGUUAAUCUUCUCUUAUAUUCGAGCUUGAAUAUGAGUCGUGCUUAACGAUAUAGUUUGCUUAGUGCCUUUUAAAGUUAUGAAUUUAUUUUUAAUUAUUAACUGAGUAUUAUUAAAUGCACAAUAUAUUUUUUUAUUUACUAAAAAAUAAAGUAUGAGUUUACUUAUGUUCAUUGAGGAAUGUAUUAGAUACUAACUGAUUGCAAUAAAA